UGCCCAAUUUCUUAUCUAGGGACUAUUAAGCUGUGUUGCUGGUAACUAUGCGUUACUGUCGCCAUCUUUAACGUUGUACCACAGUAUACACUGUGGUUGUACGUAACGGUCGCUACUGGUCGCUACUGGUCGUUGCAACUGCUGCAAGUCGUUUCGAAGUGUUGAGAGUUCACACCGCACACGACAAUCACGAUCAGCAUUCAGCAACGAUCAGUCCGGUGUGGCUCAGUGGCAGUGCACGUUGUAUUUUAUCGUUCUUUAUCGUUUCUGCGCAAUCUGUACAUUUUGAAAAAAACGAGAAAUUUUUCCACAAUUUUCGAAAAAUGAAGUCUGCUUACUUGAUCUACGCGUUACUAUGUGUGACGCUGGUGCUGGCCGUGGGUACAGUACAAAGUGAAACUUCUUCAACCGAGUCUCUGAAUAAUAGUCAUUCGGAAUCUAACACAGAAAGGACUACUGCUGUACCAAACGUCACUGUUAAAUCUGUAAUUGCUCCAAACCCAAAUAAUAUAACUAAUAAUACAACUACUCCUACUCCUACUACUACUACUGCUAUUGCUACUACUAAUGCUACUACUAAUGCUACUACUGCUACUACUGCUACUACUCCUACUACUCCUACCACUACCAAUGGUACCACCAGCAUUUCCACUACUACUGUUACUACUACUGUUACACCUCCAACUACUGUACCAACAAGUACAACAGCAAAAACAACCAGCCAUGUUCCAACAUCUCCACCUACAUCCACUAGCACAGCUUCAUCGAAGACAACAGCUGUACCACCAUCUUCUAAAGAUCGCCACUUUGAUGGUCUAAGCUUCUUUGGUGGCAUUAUCCUUACUACAUGUUUGAUGGCAAUCGCCGCGUUCUCAUGGAAGUUCUAUAGGCAAUGUAAGGAAGGGAACUACCGUACACUGUGAUAACGUGCAAGGCGCUACAUAACAGACUUUCGUCAAGUAAACACAGUUAAUUGAAUUAAGAACUAUGAAUAAUUAUUUUAUUGUAAUAAUAUUGCGUAUUUUUAUAACGCAGUUAAAGUGUUGCGUGGUUAAGUGCUCUUAGUAAUGUGAUGUACAACCACGUUUCGUUUUUCUCAAUACAUAUAUGUAAUAAAGAGGGAGGGGGGUCAUGUGUAUUCAUAUGUAUUGGAAACAACAUUGUAUGUAUAUGCGUCAUUUUACUAGUAGAUGAGAAAUUGUGACGAUUACGUGUUGCAAGUAGGAGCAGUACAGGAUAUGAGGGAGAGGGAAAGUGAGCGCAUUGACGAAAGCCAAUGACCAAUCAAACGUACAUUCCAUAAGAGAGAAAAAAUUGAGAUUAUAGUUCUUUAAACGCGCAUUAUCCUUAUUAGCUUUCGCUCAAACUGUAACUGUUAGCAAGCUGUAUCUUUAAUCUAUGAUGUGGUAUAUACAUUCCACAGUAAAGUUACAUAAGAUCCGACUUUUCUACGAGAGGAGAGAGAAAAGAGAAAGUAUUAAAUUUAAGAAACAGCUUGACGCAGGUAUUUUAGCGUGGAAACGCUAUGCCAAAGCGAAACGAAUCUUCGAAAUGUUCGAAUCUUAACAGACGUAUAAAUUACAUCGACGUGUCUGAGACGCGCUAUAUAAUAUGAAUACUUAAAGCCAAUUAUUGGCUAUUAUUAAAAAUAUAUAUAAUAGUUUUGCGGUAUGAUAUAUAAUAUGCACGAGCUAUUAACUCUCUCCUUUAUAUAUCCUUAUCACUGGUCUUACUCUACAAUAUUUUUUCGACAAAAUUUGAGCAACGCGUGGAUAAUCGUAUAAACAUUUAAGACACCAUCAGAAUGAAAAUUCUUUUUUUAAAUUAGAUUUUGCAUUUUUUUAUAUAUUUAUUUUUAUUUACUCGGCAUCGCCUAAAGGACUCCGCGCGUUUCUUAUAGAUUUUGGUUCUCGGUCAAAUCUUCUCAUAUUUUGGGAAAUUGUAGAGUUCCAGGUUUUCUGAUUAAAAGUGUUAAUGGGCGCGACCUAAAAUUAAUAGUUUUCGAGAUAUAACUGUUCAAACUUCACGAUUCCGAAACUUUGAUCGGCUAUAAUUUCUUUUAGUUCAUUUUAGCACUUUGAUCCAUAUAGAACAAUCAAUAGAACUCUUUAGAAGGCCAUCAGAACUCUUAAGAAAAUACCGGAUUUCCAAAAAAAUUUUUUCAAAAUUUUCUCUGGAAGAAAAUUUUUUUUAGAUUUCUGGCAUUCUGUUCUGAGUUCUAUAGCCCCUCCUCCCCCAAGAGUUCUAACAAUUAUCCUUAAUAAUCAAAUAGCUGAGGCUGCAAACAAAAACAUUCUAACGCCUUAAAGUAGUGCCAGAAAUUAAAAAAAAUUUUUUCAGAGAAUUUUUUUUGAAAAAUUUUUUUUGGAAAUCCGGUAUUUUCUUGAGAGUUCUAAUGGCUCUCCAAAGAGUUCUAUCAAUUGUCCUAUAUGGAUCAAAGUGCUUAAAUUAAUCGUAAAGAAGUUGUAGCCGAUUAAAUUUCCGGAAUCGUGAAGUUUGAACUGUUAUAUCUCGAAAAUGUUAUUUUAGGAAAUCGUGCAUUGACACUUUUAAUCAGGACACCUGAAAGUACAAUUUCCCAAAAUAUGAUAAGAUUUGACCCGAGAACCAAAAUCCAUAAGGAACGUGCGGAGUCCUUUGUAUUGUAUAUAUGUACAAUGCAUGUAACAAUUUUAUUUUUGUAUAAUUUCAUUCUUGAACAUUCAAGAUAUUGUCGAUUAUUUACACGUUGCAAUCGUAACCGCCAUUAUCAUAAAACUCUCUUUAAGCUUUUAAAAAUACUUAUUCGUUAAAUAGAAUGCCUAAGUAUUAAAUAGUUCCUUUCUCACAUAUUCGCCUAAAAUGAAUCAAACUACAAGAAAUCAAGGAAAUGCUUUUUAUUUUUUUUUGUACAACGUAUUACCAAUAGACCACAAUUUAAUUUACGAUUUUUUUCAUAGCAAGUAUUGUGAGAUAAUAUUUUAAAUAGCACAGUAUUGUAUUAAGGCCCAGUUUCAUAACUCACGAUUAACUCUUAAUCGAGGUUUAACUUAUUCAUUAUCUCUUUCCAAUUCAAUUGAAAAGAGAUGAGAAACAAGUUGAAUCUCGGUUAAGAGUUAACCGUGAGUUGUAAAACUGGGCCUAAGGACGAUAUUCAUAAUCGAUUCUUAUAUUCAAGACCGUCUUCAAUAUAGUCUUAAGAUGUCACGAACCAAUCAGA